AUGUAUGCUAUGAUUAGUACUAGGCCAGAUUUAUCGUUUGUGAUAUCUUUGCUAAGCAGGUACAUGUCCAAUCCUGGUAUGGAACAUUGGAUAGCCCUGAAAUGGGUUCUUAAAUAUGUUAAUGGUUCAUUGAAUGUUGGAUUGGAGUAUUGUAAAAUGACUGCUUCACUUGAGUUGGUUGGUUUUGUAGAUUCAGACUUUGCAGGUGACAAGGACACUAGGAAGUCAACUACAGCAUACUACUUCACCCUAGGUGGAAAUUGCAUCAGCUGGAAGUCACAGCUGCAGCCCAUAGUUGUGUUGUCAUCAACCGAAGCUGAAUACGUGGCUGUAACUAAUGUAUUUAAAGAGGCAAUCUAG